CCUCGUCGAUCAAAUGCCAUUCACUUCCAUAGAAUCACUCAUUAUUAAACUGACCUCUUCUCACUUCUUUCCUACUGAGCGCCGUCGUUGCUGAUACCAAUCUUAUUCACCAUAGACUGCCUAAAAACAAUGGCUUCUGCUCCAGAAGACCGUUCCUCUUUGUCUAGUCCCAAUGUGAUUGCCGUUAAGCACAUCGAUUGGGAAGUGACCGUGGACUUUGAUGCCAGCAUCCUGCAUGGAUCUGCUAGCUAUACACUGGAGUAUGUUACCCCUGGGUCCCGUGUUGUUCGUUUGGAUACCAACUUUUUAAAGAUUUUCAAGGUGGUUGAUCCUGCCACCGGCGAGGCACUCUCCUUCACCCACCAUCCAGGCAUCCCCAACAAAUCUUAUUUGGGCCGUCAGCUGAGUAUUAGCUUACCAACAACAUCCAUUGAGAAGGUCAAGGUCUUCUACCAGACCACCAAGCAAUCCAGUGCUGUCCAAUGGCUGCCACCUGAACAAACUGCUGGAGCAAAACACCCCUAUCUCUUCACACAAUGCCAAGCCAUUCACGCUCGAGCCUUGAUCCCCUGUCAGGAUAGACCGGGCAUCAAGGCUACCUACUCGGCCAAGGUGACUGUCCCUAGUUGGGCCACUUGUGUCAUGUCCGCAGUCAUGAAAAAGGAGGAAACCAACGACAAAACAAAAAUUUUUUACUGGGAUCAACCCGUUCCAAUCUCCAGUUAUCUUAUCGCGAUGGCGGUUGGAGAAUUGACCAAAAUUGAUAUAAGCGAACGAUGUGCUGUCUGGAGUGAGCCAUCUGUUGUCAAACAGGCAGCCUGGGAAUUUUCGCAGACUGAAGAUUUUCUCAAAAUUGCCGAAGAAAUAGCGGGAAAGCCGUAUGUCUGGGGUCGAUAUGAUCUAUUGUGCCUGCCGCCUUCCUUCCCUUAUGGAGGCAUGGAGAAUCCCUGUCUUACCUUUGUGACACCCACAUUGCUUGCUGGAGAUCGCUCAUUGGCAGAUGUUGUAGCACAUGAAAUUGCCCACUCUUGGACUGGGAAUCUAGUCACCAAUUCAACGUGGGACCAUUUCUGGCUCAAUGAGGGAUGGACCACCUGGUUUCAACGGAAAAUCAUGGCACGGAUUCACAAAGAUGACAAAUUCUUGCAUUUUGAUGCCAUAGGGGGAUACAAAACUCUUACAGACACCAUCAAGAGAGAAGUGCCUGAUGAGUUCAGUCGAUUGGUGCUGGACGUCGGCGAUUUGGAUCCUGAUGAUUCCUACUCGUCGGUUGCCUAUGAGAAAGGCUUCAACCUCCUCUUUGCACUGGAGACACGAGUUGGGACCCCUGAAUUUGAAAAGUUCUUUCAGGCUUAUGUUUCCAAGUUUGCAUCAAAAACUGUUACAUCUGAAGAGUUCAGAGCAUUCUUCAAUCAACAUUUCAAGACCAAUGCCAAGGUCAAAGACUUUGACUGGAAUACCUGGUUCUACAGCUCUGGGAUGCCUCCGGAAAAACCACAGUUUGACCGAACCCUUGCAGAGGCUUCUGAAAAGCUUGCGAUUGCUUGGUUUGAAGUUGACAGGUCCGGAAACAUGGUGCCUAGUGUCAACUUGAAGGAUUGGUCAUCAGAUCAGAUAACUUGCUUCCUCGAUGCUCUAUUGGAUCUCUGUGAAGACCAGCCACUCAAACUAGAUACUCUCAAAGCCAUGAAACAGCAGUAUGGGUUCGAGUCGACCAAGAAUUCAGAGGUGCUAUUUCGCUUUUGCGAACUAGCCAUUGCCUCAGAAGAUAAGGACAUUGUGCCGAUUGCCCUUCGGUUUGUCACAACACAAGGCCGCAUGAAGUUCACAAGACCAUUAUACAAAGCUUUGUUUCGGUCCAAGAUGGCAUCUGAUUUGGCGGUCGAGACCUUUCUGGCGAAUAAGCAUAUUUACCACCCAAUCUGCACCAAAAUGGUGGCCUCGGAUCUGUCUGUGAGCGUUGAAGAGAAGGCUUCCAUUCUGGAAAGCCCUUACUUCAAAGUCUCUGUGGUUGUUGCAGCUGUGGCUGUUGUCGCAGGUUUUGUUUUGAUGCGAAAGAGGUAACACGCCUGUCUCCAGAGGGAGAUUUCGAGAAUGCGACAAACUCCAAUUUUCUUAAGAGAGGCAACGCUAUUGCGUUCGUGGACAAUAAUUUAGUUUUUCCCAAAGUUAUCUACCUGC